AUGUAUGCCCAGCGCCCUUUGGCGUAUGCGCCGACUCCCUACAGCUAUACCCCUAACCCGGCCUUGUCUGCGUCCAUCAAUCUCGAUGAGGAAGUUAAACUAGCCUCCAGCUCCGCCGAGCGCGAUCUAUAUGAGUCGCUGGCUGAAAUUUACAGCAUUAUAGUCACCCUUGAUGGCCUCGAGAAGGCUUACAUUAAGGAUGUGGUUACGGAAGCAGAGUACACAGAAACGUGUACUCGGUUACUGAAGCAGUACAAGUCUAGUUUGGGUGACGACACCGUUGCCCAUGAGUUUGUCGAUCUGGAGACCUUCAAGCGAACCUGGGGGUUGGAAUGUCCCCGUGCUACCGAACGUCUUCGUAUCGGACUUCCUGCGACCGUCGAGCAGGCCAGUCACAACGCACCAGCAGCCAAUAUGGGGUCGGCAGCAGGCCCUACUGGAGGUGCUUCAGGCAGCUUGAUCCUAACAGCCACAGAGAACUUCAUCACUUUCCUCGAUGCGUUAAAGCUGAAUAUGGUGUCGAAGGAUGCGCUCCAUCCACUGCUCUCUGAGGUGAUCCAGUCCGUCAAUAAGGUGACGGACGGGGACUUCGAAAACCGGGGCAAAAUCAUUCAGUGGCUAAUCACAUUGAACCAGAUGCGUGCGACAGAAGAACUGAGUGACGACCAGGCGAGAGAGCUGUCCUUUGAUAUUGAACAAGCCUACCAAGGGUUCAAGUCGACGUUAGGUUGA